AUGGUGCUUCUCUGCAGGCUGAGUGUCCUUUGCAAUGCCCAGGGAGGCCGAGCUGGUUCCAAGGCUGCAUCUCUCCACUGGACUAGUGAGAGGGUUGUCAAUGUUUGGCUCCUGGGCCUGCUUCCAGCUGCUUAUCUGAAUCCUUGCUCUGUGAUGGACUGCUCACUGGCUGCAGUCCUCACUCUCCAUAGUCACUGGGAUCUUGGACAAGUUGUUACUGACUAUGUUCAUGGGGAUGCAUCACAGAAAGCUGCCAAGGCAGGCCUUUUGGCACUCUUAGAUUUAACCUUUGCCAGGCUCUGUUAUUUCAACUAUCAUGAUGUGGGCGUCUGCAAAGCUGUUGCCACGCUGUGGAAGCUCUGACCUUUUUGGUGUAAUACCUUAAGAAUUGAUCGUGUGCCUCUUUGCCUUGCUCUGUCAUGCUAUUCGGCUCAGAGUAAGGAGGAAAUAACAGAUA